AAACGGGGGAUUCCCCGGGAAAACCCCAAAUCAUACACUUACUUAUGGGCCAGACUAAAUAAAACAUUGACUGCAAGCGCUUGUUACCCAAUCUUGUUCUUGAAUAAAAAAAACAUGGCACAGAAUGCUGUAUUCAGAGAGCAGGUGAGAGCGCUCAUCCACGAGGAGGUAGACGGAUGGGAGGACCAAGUGCUGGACACAGUGACUCAGCUGGAGAAUGAACUGGAGGUCUCUAAACUCCAGGCUACUGUCUACAAACAAGAUUUUGAGAGGGAACGCAAGGACAGAGAAGAGGCCCAUGGAAGACACCAGACGGACGUGAACCACUUGACCCAACAGUUGGACCAGUUCAUGCUGGACGCCACAACAGGAAAUCAGUGUGUGCAAUGCAACCAACAAUUGGCUGAAUGGAAGAAAUUGGAGGCCGUCAAAAACCAAGAGAUUUGUCAGCUGAGGGAGGAGUUGCGGGCACUGUCUUGGAGCAAACAAAACGCUGAUAAGGAACUGACUAAACUGAGAGACGCCAUAGCCAGAAUGAAGCAAAUACAAAAUAGUUCACAGCGAAGGCAUCAAAGUGGCUACCAUCAAUCAGACUAUCGACAAUCAUCGCAUUAUGAUCAAAAUCCGAGAUCAAGUGAUCCAAGAGCGGUAAAUUCAGAUUCUCCCCCUCAACAACAAGAUGGCCGUCUUGAAGCUAACUGGACUCCCCCCAUUGUUAGAGCGAACUAUAUCCGACAAUUCCCAUCUCCAGCAGCUUAUACUACACCACAGGCCGGUCAGCAAGCACAACUCAGGCAGGUGGAGUCCGGAGACUAUUCUAGUAAUAACCCUCGGAAUAUCGGCACUCACAAACAGAUGCGAGAUCCGCAAACUUUCGAUGGAAAUUUACGAAAUGUUGAGCCACUUCUCAAUCAACGAAUUUCCGAUACCACCGUUUCCCAUGCCUCAAGUAGAUAUGGAAUCACUGCUACUCGUAGCUUUAGUCAUUCCCCACCAAACCAACGAGUAUUGGAACACCAUCCUACAAUUCAGCAGCCAGCUCGAAACGAUUACAGUAGACAAUUUGAGGGAUCUUGCACGCCCGCUUCGAAUGUUCCAGCUCCUGCUAAUUCAGUGCAUAAUCAACAACAGAGAGUGUCACCGCCUCCUCCUGGUGCAGUGGUUCCUUGUCGAAGCUCUCCAACACCUACCACUGCAGCAUCAAACCAUUUGAACCCUUCCUCUCCACAUGCUGCUGGUUCGUAUCAGCUCCAAGAUGAUGAUGCUCCCCACCCUGUGCAUACUGAGCUGUACCAGAACUUCCCUGGAGAACCUACUGUUAGUUAGCAGAGAGUCAGCAGAGAGUCGCUCAUUAAUGGGACUGGUCAUGGAUGAAGCAAAACAAAAGACUCACCAUGCUGUGCACUACUAACACUUAAUCCUCGUUUACAUUUUGUGCAAUGUACAUAAUGUGUGAAAAUCAUAAUCCUGGUUAUGCAUAGCAAAGUUGUAUUUCUGGUAAAGAUCGCUACAGAG